AUGCAAUUGGAGUAUAUUGAAGAUCUUCUUAAGACCAGAAAGAUUAGAAAGAACGUAUGCAGAACAAAGCAGACCAUACGUGACCGCAAAUCCAUCGAUGACCGCUUAACUUUGAACGGUAUCAAAGUUGAUUAUGUAGAUGCGUACCUUUGCAAGCUUGCAGGUUGCCACGUAACAAUCGAUCCGCUUCUUGAGUUUGCAUACGAUAUGAGCUAUCAGUUCCGCUUAAAGCUUGAUAGGCUGGCCAAAAGAAAUCGAACAGCACUCUUAUGCUGGUACGCAGAAAAUUGGGGAAAUAUUUUCCCGUAUCUUAGCAAAAUCAAAUUCCACGAAACAAAAAUCAUAAAGGAGGAAAAGAAGAUAAUGAGCGAAAGUAGUGAUGAAUCUGGACCAGAAGUUAACUCUAUUCCUGCGUACUGCUGUGAUGCCAUCAAUAUUGAUCCAUCAGAUCUUGCACAGCUCGUGAAUUAUCAUUGA